GAAGAGUCGUGCGGCGGGGGGAAAGAACACAACGGGCGAAACGGGCAAGCGUCAGCGCAAUUGUCACAAUGACUGUCAACUAGUGGAGCAAAAAUACGCCAUCGCGGUUGCCGAGAAUCUACGCCAAGCAACAUGGAUAUCGACGAGGAAGAGUUCGAGGCACCGACGUCCAGCAGCAGCCGAGGUGAGCGGAAGCGGUUCGAGGUCAAGAAGUGGAACGCGGUAGCCUUGUGGGCCUGGGACAUCGUGGUGGACAACUGUGCGAUCUGCCGAAAUCACAUCAUGGAUCUGUGCAUCGAGUGCCAGGCGAACCAAGCGUCCGCCACCAGUGAGGAAUGCACGGUGGCUUGGGGUGUGUGUAAUCAUGCGUUCCACUUCCACUGCAUCUCCCGAUGGCUGAAGACCCGGCAGGUCUGUCCGCUCGACAACAGAGAGUGGGAGUUCCAGAAGUACGGUCAUUAGGAGGACGCGGGGCGAGGCACAAACUUGCGAACUAAACCAACCCUACCCAGGCUACAGAACUACAUGGCAGCCAGAAGCAUGCGGAAGCGCUGACGCUGCCUCUCCUUGAACAAAUACAUCCGGAUACGUUCUAAAGAAUCUGAGAAAAGCAACCGACGACUCGAUUGGCUGUACGCAAACCGUAAUAAAUUCAGCAGUUUUAUCGUAUGAGCUAAAUUACACCAUA